AUGGUCAAGAGCAUGAGUAAAAGGAAAAGAAUGAUUAGGGGAGCUGAUGUUUUUAUGACACUGGCUGCAGUAGAUGUACUUGUUCGUGCUAUCACGAGGAAGAGAAGAAGACCCCGUAUCACCUAUGGCCCAAUGCAUGAACGAGAUAGGAUCAGAUUUGAUUAUUUGAACCAAAAAUUUUGGCAAUGUGAUGUGACAUGUAGAAAUAUGUUAAGGUUUGAUAGAGGUCCUUUCUUUCGAUUGUGUGACAUAUUGAGGGAUCGUAAGUUGUUAGAGCACAGUGUUCAUCUAAUUGUGGAGCAACAAGUGGCAAUGUUUUUGCAUACAAUUGGGCAUAACCUUCGGAAUAGGGUUGUUGCAACAAACUUUGGUAGAUCAUUCAGCACAACAAGCAUCUAUUUUAGGGCAGUCCUUCAUGCCAUAGGAGAGUUGCGUAAUGAUUACAUCAGGCCACCAUCAUUGGAGAUACCAACAAAAAUUGCGGGAAAUCAUCGAUUUGACCCAUAUUUUAAGGAUUGUAUUGGAGCAAUCGAUGGUACACAUGUGCGAGCAUCUAUUAACAAAGAUGUGGAACAUUCUUUCCGUGGUAGAAAGCCUUUUACUACUCAAAAUGUGAUGGCAGCGGUUGAUUUCGACCUCAAGUUCACAUAUGUGCUGGCUGGUUGGGAAGGGUCGGCUCAUGAUUCAACCGUUCUAGCUGAUGCAUUAGGGCGUGAGAGAGGCUUACAAGUACAGAAGGAAACUGCACCAUGUCUCGGUCAUCACGACGCCGACGUCCGCAGCUGCGACGCGUCCGGCCACCACGACGCCAACGGUGCACGGCGGCUGCUCGGGAGGCGGCUCGGUGGCCACGCCGAUGGAUCACGGCGGUUGCUCCGGUGGCGGCUCGGUGGCCACGCCGACAGUGCACGGCGUCUGCUUAGUGGCCACGCCGACGGAUCACGGCGGCUGCGCGGUGGUGACGCCAAGACCACCACCAUCGCCGCCAUCAUGCCAUCGUUAAGCAAGAUCAAAUUGUCGGGGAACCUCGCCGACGCCUUCUUCCCGAACAACACGGAGAAGCAGGUCCACGGGGUGCUGCCGCUCGACUCGCCGGAUGCGGCCGCUCGCGGACUCCCUCGUCCCUCCUCGUCUCUGCGGUCAAGGCGCCCUAGGCGCAGACGUGCGCGCAUCGACGAGCUGCAGAACUUGGCCGGCAUGCGCGCGUCCACGGCCACGGGCAGGGCGACGCAUGAGCCGAGCAGGGCACUACUUCGCACCGGCGCAAGUGGCUACACUGGCCGGCAACAGCCUACCUUGGUUGGUAUGCAGCUGGAGCACUCGCAUGGUCGCGAGGGCAGGGACGACAGGCUUGACGGUGGCGGCGGAAGCAUCCGCUUCAAGAUACUCUGUAGCUUCGGCGACCGCAUCAUGCACCGCCAGACCGACGGCGCCCUCAAGUACAUCGGCGGCGAGACCCAAAUGGACGAUGAUGGAGUCACCACUCCAAGUGGCAGCACCGAUAAAAGUGGGCAGGCGGUGUGGACCACCUCCAUGACCAACAUGAUGUUGAGCCUUUUGUGUGACAUGGUUGCUAGUGGGAAAAGAACUUCGUCCGGAUUCAAGAAGGUUCAUUUCAAUGAAGUUGCUACAGGUUUGAAUGAACAUUUCAAGCUAGCUAUCACGGGGGAUCAAGUUAGCAACCAUCUUAAGAAGUGGAGGAAAAUUUGGGGGAGGAUAGUCCAAUUGAAGAAUUUGAGUGGAGCUCUAUGGGAUGAAGAUAAUUGCAUUAUUAAGCUAAGCGAUGAACACUAUGCAGGUCAUUGCAAGGAUCACAAAUCUGAUGUCAACUACUUGAACACUCCCAUUGAAUAUUAUCAUGCCAUGAACACUAUGUUUGGCACAACUACUGCUACGGGUAAGCAUGCUAGGUCCGGGAAUGAUCCCCUCUCCAAUGAUUUAGAUGAGGAGGACAAUAGUGAGGUGAAUGUUGGCGAGUCAUCUUGUUCCAAAGCACCAGCAAAAAAGAAGGCCAAGGUAAUGCAACUUGAAGAUGAUGCGCUAGUUACCACUCUCAAAGAUGGGUUCAAACUUGUAGCUGAAGCUCUUGUGAAGUCUGGUGGAGAUGAUGAUACUAUACCAGAUAAUCUUUGGGAUGUUAUGUCCAUAGUUCCUGGUUAUAGUGAAGGAGAACUUGCUCACUACUAUGCUCACCUUGUUGACAAUCCCAAAAUCGCAAGAGCUUUCUUGUCGCUUAGCCUGUCUAACAAGUUGGUUUGGGUUAGUAGGUAUGUGACCAAGAACUUUGGUUAG